AUGUAUGGAGCCAGCAGGAGCCUGCAAAGACUGCAACCCGUUGAACCCCUCCACACGGAGCCACCUGCACUGCACGCCAACGGGACUGCUUACCUCACCUUCCAGUGCCUGCAGGCUGGCGAUGCUGGGAACUACACCUGCACGCUCUACCUGAACAGCCACAGAAACGCCUCCUUCACCAUCAGGCUGACCAUGGAAGAUCUGUGCAGUGGGCCUCCCAAAAUCCUUGUCCCAUCCAGCAACCAGACUUUGGAGCCUGCCUUGGGAAGCCAGAUAACACUGAACUGCACUGUGCGGCUGCCCUCUCAGCAGCCCUGCAACCCCGUCCUGCACUGGAUGAAAGAUGGCCACUGGCUAGGCGAUGAGAGUAGCCCAUACGCCAACGAGGACAAAGUCUGGAUCGGUGAUAACGGAACAGAGACGUUCAUGUCCAGCCUUCUGGGGGUGAACCUGACAAGCGAUGAGGACUACGGCGUGUUUGCUUGCUGGGUUAAGAAUACCACAGCCACUUUCACACUACAGAGAUCAGAAGCUGCUGGACAUGUGAGUGCAGUGCUGGCAGCCCUGUUUGUCCUGGGGCUGCUGUUGCUCAUGGCUGUGAUCUAUGUGAAGUGCCGCUUGAAUAUGCUGCUCUGGUACAGGAACCGUUACGGGGAGCUGGAGAUCAAUGAUGGGAAGCUGUAUGAUGCAUACGUGUCUUAUGCAAACUCCCCGGAUGACAGGAAGUUUGUGAACUUCAUUAUGAAGCCGCAGCUGGAGAACCGUCACGGCUACAAACUCUUCCUGGAUGAUAAGACCAUCCUGCCGAACUCAGAGCCUUCAGCAGACCUGAUUAUGAACGUGAGCCGGUGCCGGCGCCUCAUUGUGGUUCUCUCGUAUGCAUACCUGGAGCAAGACUGGUGCAUCAACAACUUCAGGGACGGUCUGUUGAGACUGUUGGAACUGUCCCAAAGACCCAUCUUUGUAGCCUUUGAAAGCCAGUAUCGGAAGAUAGAGCAUCUGGCCAUUAACCUGCUGAAGCAGCACAAGAAUGCUGUGACCUUACUGCUCUGGCGGGCUGGCUCAAUGACCCCGUCAUCAGAUUUCUGGAAGGAGCUGUGCCUGGCUCUGCCACGGAAGGUGUCGUACCAGGGGAUCAUGGCAGACCCUCAGACCCAGCUCCAGGAAGACAAGGACCCCAUGCUGAUUCUCCACAGCAGCUACCUGGAGUACCAAGGAGACCCCCAUCCUGAGGGAGACCUGGGUGUCCGUGGGUCCAUUUUAAGGGGCCCUCCGCCCCCUCGAAUGACUGGCCCUGAUGGACCACCAGCACUAGCAGCUGGCAUCAUGGAAGAAGUGCAGCUGGAGGAGGGCCAGAGGAGUGAAAUAGACAUCUCUGACCUGGGGUCACGCAACUACGGAGCAAGGACAGACUUCUACUGCCUCGUGACCGAAGACGACCUCUGAGAGGGAGAACAGAGACGGUGGGAUUAUUGCUCCUGUGGGACUGUCCAUGUUGGUGUCCCUUUAGAAGGAAGUGCUGCUCAGCUAGUUUCUUUAACUCAGAGACCUGGGCAGGUCUUCAGCACUCCCAUUCCUGGGUGUUGUCUAUGGGGAAGGCAAGGCAGGGAAAAGGGCUGACUUUUUACCCACCUACUGGAGCCUUACAGUCCCCUUUAAAUGCUGGGGAUCUUAGUUUUUGCAUCUGUUCAGGACCAAGGGAAAUUGCUAGGAAAGAAGAAUUCAGUCUUUUGCCUGGAACUUGCUGAAAGAGCCUGCGGUGGUGGAGAGGAAAAAGCCCAGGGAAAGCUGGUGCUGUGAGGUGGGCCGUGGCAUUGUAGAUGGUGAGGACUGUCUCUGGGAUUGCUAGAACCACUAGGGGUGCAUUGCAGUAACAGAUGCCAAUGAGACGCUGGAUUUUGUUGUGGCCAUUGGGUACUGAGAUACUGGCAAGCACUGAGUUCCUGGCUAUACCAAGGCAGUAGGUCUUGCUGUGACUGGGUUGGGGGAACACCACCAGCAGCGCUAACGCUGGGGUCACCUUGAAAGGUGAUUGGGAUUUGUGAUGAUAAAUGUAGAGCCAUAGUACAGUGUAACACUGUUGCAGCAAAUGCCCAUGGAGGCCUCAGCCAUCAGCUGGAGCUAGUUUGUGGAUAAACGGCCACACAACACAGAGGGCUGAUGGGAGUUAGGGGGGAACCUAACUCAGCCUCAUGACUGAAGAAUAGAGACAGCCACGGGCGUUAAAGCAGUUUGAGGGCAGAGCCACCAGAAGAAUCCAGGGGGCUGAAAGCAGAGGCUGAUCCCCCCUGCUGCUGCACUGUUUGUUACUCAGGGGUUCUAGUACCACCAGCAUUUUGGCAAGGGCCAUUUCCUGUGAAGGAGCGAGAGCAGGGACGGGUCGCUCUCUCCAGGAAGUGCCCUGUAACAGCAUCGCUCACCGACAGGCAUUACAGUGCUGUUCCUUAGGCACCAACAGGACAGCUUUGGAAAGGCUUUCCUUGAUUCACAGAGCAGCUUUGCUCUUUCUUCUUUUUGAAAUACAAUUAAAAUAACUGUUGUUUUAAGCUGGUCUUGGCCUUUUCCCUCCCCCUACAGUUUUAGGAGAGGAUGGAGAUUGUGAGCUCUUUGUGGAAGGAGGGCUGGGAUCUCACGUUCUUCC